AUGCUCGUUCUCACUCUCGGCCUUCCUAUUCAUGGUACAGAAGAGCUUCAUCUUGACGAAGACACACGCUCUGAUUUAGUCAACCGGUUCGGCAGAAACCUCCAACGAUUAAUUUUACUCUCUCUGCAGCAGAAGUCGGAAGUGCUGGGAUGUUGCAGAAAAGGUGGUCAUAUUCGAUGGCAUCAUCUGGCGACAGAGGAAAAGAUAUUCUCGUCGGAUUUCCGCAGUGGGUGCUGGAAUACCUACGCAGUCUCGGUCGGCAUAGAGGAACCUGAUUCAGGCGUUGUUACCAUGAGCAUAAUGGAUCUCCGAAAGUUUACCCAAGCCCUCGGUGUUGAUUUGGAUGAGAUCCGGAAACUGAGGAAAGAAGAAAUAGAAUGCCUCUUUGAAUGGCUCUGCGAUGCCGGCAUGGUCGAAUAUUUUGCCCUGCGACAGAACCAAGAUACUGUCAAUCUUAACUCGCCUGAACCACUGGGCAACUACAAUUUAGACCCUUCUUGUUACAGGAACGACUCACUACCCGCCGGUGACGAAUUGAAUCGCUUAUUGGAACAAUGCAACUCCUGGCUAACACAAUGCAACACUUGCGUCGAGUCGCCGAACAUUGUUUCUCUUUGCCAGGAACCAGUGACGCCUCCCCAAUCCAGAAGAGAUGCGCCUCCUUACCCUACACCUCAUUCUUCUGUCAAAUCACCCCCAGGGGUUCAGCCGCUUUCUCCUCCAGCUCCUGGAUACGACCAAUUACAAUACCAGUCCAUGGAUUUUCCGCGAUCUACUGACAGCCUUUUGGCGCCUUCAUCCUAUCCGACACCCUCCAAAUCAUAUAACUACUUUCCCCUCGGAGACGAACCACUGGCCCCGCUGGAUUACUACGUUUCAACCCUUACAAAGCGACAACUGUUGCUUUCGUGCAGGUUUGGUAAAGACGGCAAUGAAUCCCUGGAGGACAUCCAAAUCACAUCAACCCUUCGAGCUGAAGCCGGACUUCUCUCGGAUGAGUGUGCUAGGCUACUGCAACCUCUCUUAAAUCACAGAGAAGACAAUCCGCCGGCCUUGGAAGCCCUUGGCCUUCCCCUUCUAUGGAGAGGCCUCGAGGGUGCUGUGAUAUACUAUCGCAUUCUCGAGGCCGCGAAGAAGAAGUCAUAUCUCAGUCUUCUCGCCAAGCGCGUCGCACAGAUACUGUUUUACCUCAACUACAGGUGGCUGGAAAAACAUAUAAAAGGGCCUAGUAAGUCCGUCGCUACACUCAUCCUUAACAACUGCCCAGAGGAGCCGAAAGACCCGAAGUUCAUGAAAUCCCGUCGUGACAACAUUACUGGCUAUCACAAGCGCCGAGGAGAACGAUGGUGGCUACAUGCGGCGUGUUUAGGGUCUGGUAUCCUGACGCAUGCUAGUAGGAUCAUGGAGACUGAAAUCAUAACCAGCUCCAAAAAGGAGCAACUUCAGGUUUUUAUAUCGCUGAUCUCGCGCAUUCGACCAGGCAGCGUCAACAUUUUUGGUAACUGGGAACCAGUGAUUAAGGCAAUAGUUCUUGGAGCACCUACAUCCGAGCUUCGCCAGUUUCUUCAAACCAGCAAUUCUGACACUGUCAGACAAGCUGAAGUAGAGUGCAACUAUGCAAUGGAUCAGGAAGCCUUGUCCCGCCAACAAAUUGGAGAGACUUGGAUGGCGAUAGACGUCGAAUCUAUUGCAGAGGAGAAGAUAGCUGAGUUUCUCCCGGAUUAUUGA